AUGGAUCCCGACUCAGCAAAACAGGAGCGACUACGCAAACGGGCGCGUGUCGCAUGCUCGUGGUGUCAUGACCGCAAAGUCCGAUGUGAUGUCGCGAUACAGGGUCUUCCAUGCACCAACUGCAAACUUGACCGCCACGAGUGCCGUAUCCGUAUGACAAAGACUACAUCAAAGACCCGGAGCACAAGUCUCAACAUUCGACAAACACAGGCACGGCUACCUCCCAGUCGCAGCAUUUUCCAGGAAGACGGAAUGAACCAAAGCCACCUGGUCAGAACAAUUUCCUACGGCAUCUCGUCCCUUGAACCUGUUGAUGAUAUGUCAAACAUGGCGCCUUUUCUAUCAAUGAACAGCGGCGCUGGUUUCCCCUACGACAUGAACCAUUUAAUUCCGUUACCAUUCGUCCAGACAGUACCAAACAAUCCUGGACCUUCGGCCAACGUCCCUUUUGCAUCCUACCAAUUCCUGAAACUUACACGUCUUGAUCAGUUACCCUUUGAAGAUGUAAGCUUCUUAGAGUUGAAAGGUUGCUUCUGUGUUCCUGAGUCGCGUUAUCUCGACAUCUUUAUCACAAAGUACUUCCUCUAUGUUCAUCCUUGUCUUCCUGUCAUAGAUGAGGCAGAGGUUUGGAGGAUGUAUCGCUCAAAGGGUUCCGAUAAUGUAUCUGGACAACAAAUGUCGCUUUUUGUGCUCCAGGCAAUGUUGUUUGCUAGCUCUGUGUUUGUCCCAGGACAUAUUCUCAACGCGGUAGGAUUUUACGACAUCAGGGCGGCUCGAACUGCAUUCUACCAACGAGCUAAGCUCUUAUUUGAUUUCGAUACUGAGAUCGAUGUCCUGCCGAGGGCACAGGGUGCUCUUCUUCUCACAUUUCAAACAACAGCUUUGGACUUCUUUUCUGGUACACGCUGGCUCUCAGUAGCAAUGCAGUUGGCGAGGUCAAUCGAAGCUGAUCUAUUCAGUCAUGACCUCAGACGCAGCCACGAUACAGUUGCCAAAAAACGGCUAUGGUGGUGCAUCAUCCUUCGAGAUAGAAUUCACUCUCUGGCCCUGAGACGGCCAACACAGGUGGGCCUGGAACGAGGUGGGAUUCCGACCAAAUAUUUGGAUGAGGUAGAUCUGGCGGACGAAAUCCAGAACUCGCGCGUAUAUGACCCCAAGGAGAAAAAACAACUUGUCGCCAUUUUCCGCCUCCAAUGCGAUCUUGCAAUUGUCAUUACAAAGCUUGUCAACAUCACUUAUGCUCCGCUUUGGGGAACUUUGCAACAGCCUGAUUUGCACGAAACUUUCUAUACUAUUGAGAAUGAAGUCGAUAGAAUGAAAAGUGGGCUCCAAAGGUGGCGAGACACUGCCGAUGAAGUACUGGAAACACAGUCCACUUCCCUCGGAAUUGCGGUCUUCAACAAGCUGACGCGGAUAUACUACGACUCCGCUCGACUUGCCGUCAGUCACUAUGAGGGACUGAUGUGGGAGACAAGAUAUGCAAAUAUUUAUCCCAGCAAAAUGCAAUCUGUUAAAAAGGAUAUUGAAGAGGUCAUCACGAGCUUGGCCAGGAUCGUCAAAGAUUUGAUCACUCAUGGGUUGGCAAGCCAUCUGCCUAUCAGCGUAGUGGCACACGUAGCGCUUCCACUUUUACUCAGUACCGUCGAUUCGGGAUUCUCUUCGACCCGCCUGCAAAGGGCUGGUCGGCGCCGCCAGUUACACUUCUACCAGGAAGUCAUGCGGGUCCUUGGAUCUCGGUAUGAGGCCGCUGAUAAGGUCUGCGCUUUCAUCGACAGUGCUCUUUCGUUUUCCGGCGCAAAACUAGGUAUCGACAUUACGCCUGGCGGGAACGAAUUGCUUCGCAACGACGAGUUUACCGAAGACCUCGAUGAUGCUGAUGAGGGGAAUCCUCCAAACCAGCUCAGAUCAGUGGCGGGAAGCCGAUUUAAAAACGUCUGUGAAUACUUUGCACGACAACCUCGUUCAUAUCUCCGUUUGUCUUUGACAUUGGAUUACGCGCUUUAUAGAGGGCAUUACCCACUUCAAAGUGAUAUUGAACGGCUCUGGGGCGAGCUACAGCUUGUAGAUACCCGACAGCUGUCCGAUCCGCAGGUGCAGCAAAUCACGCAAAGCGCAACCUCCUCGAGCUCGAUCUUGCAACAGAUGCCUGGAGAAUUUUCAAUGGAUCUCCUAGACACUCAACAUCUCUACUCGGAAAAAGACAUUGGCUUUGAUGACUUUGGAGACGGGCUUGAAACCUCGAAUAUGGAAUAUCUGACAAACGGCUUCAUAUCUCCCGCCAGCAUGAUUAUGAUGGACCCUCCGCUACAAUGA